UGUCCCUCGCCGCGUCCCGUCACCGCCCCAGCCCUGCGGACCCGAUCCCAAGAUGGCGGCGCCCAGCGAAAGGCGGAACGGCGGAGGUGCGUGGGCUGUGUUGCUGCUGGCGGCCGUGGCAUUGAGGCCGGCGGAGGCGGUGUCCGAGCCCACGACGGUGGCGUUUGACGUGCGACCUGGCGGCGUCGUGCACUCCUUUUCCCAGAACGUGGGCCCGGGGGACAAAUACACUUGUGCAUUCACCUAUGCUUCUCAAGGAGGGACCAACGAGAAGUGGCAGAUGAGCCUGGGAACCAGCGAAGACCACCAGCACUUCACCUGCACCAUCUGGAGGCCCCAGGGCAAGUCCUACCUAUACUUCACGCAGUUCAAGGCAGAGGUGCGGGGUGCCGAGAUCGAGUACGGCAUGGCCUACUCGAAAGCUGCAUUUGAAAGAGAAAGCGACGUCCCCCUGAAAAGCGAUGAAUUUGAAGUGACCAAAACAGCAGUGUCCCACAGGCCCGGGGCGUUCAAGGCCGAGCUGUCCAAGCUGGUGAUUGUAGCCAAGGCCUCCCGCAGUGAGCUGUGACCAGGAGCCCCAUCGGGGGGCGGCUUUUCCUCAUCUCUGCUGAAGGAGCUGGGCUCUGGGACUGCUGGUGCAUUACUGGUUUUCUAGGGGGGACUGUUGGCUGAUGUCCUCUGAACAUGGAGCAGGGGUCUGAGACCCGCUGCCCGUCUUUCUUACCAAAAGAGGCACUGGGGCACGUGAAGGGGGGGCUCCUGGGGGAAUCAUGGCUUUUCUGAAGCCAGUGCGUGUCUCCCUGUGGAUCAGGCCGGGCUCCAGAUCACUCCCAGGGAGAGCAAUCCUGCUGCCCUGAGUCUGAGCCAACUGUUUUCUUACACUUUUCCCAGGGGACCUUCUUCCAGACUAACUGGGAAAAAAUGAAAUGUUCUUUUCAUAUUUAAAUAAAUAAGAUGGUUGAAAAGCAACCACGGUAGCAA